CAUAUUGCGGCAAAGUCAUUGCAGGGCUUGAGGGUUCACAGCUGGGCUGCAAUCAUACCGUCAAUCCCUCAACGCCAUUGUUUCAGCUCAUAUCGGCCAUAUUUUCCUCUUUCAUAUUUUUCCAUGGUUAGCAGUUCCUGUUCGAGACGAACGAAGAUCUUUAGUACGGAAUGCGCGAUGAGGAGAUGA